AUGGACAAACACUUCUUGUUGGUCUUCUCCCUCUUCUGCUUCCUCGUAGCAGUGACACCACUGAGGUGCAUAACAUGCCACCUUCGCACACAGACAGAUCGCUGUAGAAGAGGCUUUGGUAUGUGUGUUGCUCGGAGGCAUGAGAGAUGCAUGAACUUAAAGAUCUUCCAGGGUAACAUUCUCCAGUUAUCGUAUAUGGUGUGUCAGAAAUUCUGCAGAGACUUGACAUAUGAUUUCAACAGUCGGACUUAUGUUCAUAAAUGCUGCAACCAAAAUUAUUGUAACUUCAAACUCUAA